AUUUACGAUAAGGAGCUCUUUCGUGCUAAGCAAGAAGAGCUCGAAAAGAAAAGCGACAAGAAAGAAUUAGCAGCUCAAAAAGUUUAAGGUCAGAAAGUGCUAGCAAGAAAAAUGGCAGGACGUGGUAGAGGAAAGUCCACCAUGUCCUUUUCCAUGGAGCAAUUAGGCAUCUCUAAAGGAGAGACGUUGCCAGCGCCAGUUGUACAACCAUCUCUACAUUAUCCUCAAUUGGAUCACAAGCCUCUACCUAUUCAGCUAACCACCGAGAUGAGUUACCUAGUAGAGUUGAAAAGGGAUUUCACCGAGUAUAUGCGAGAGUCGCCGAACAACGUGCAAGCCGCUGUAUUAAAUGAAGAUGUUGAACGAUUUUGCGAAGAUUUUGACGAGGCCGUCACAGAAUGCGAUAAAUCGAAAUACGAGGCAUACCACGAUUGGAAUAGAAUGCCAAUGCAAUUAAAACUAUCGAGAAAACGAAAAUCCCGCCAGCAGAGUGUAGGAUGCAAGAAAAAGAAAAAGGAUGUGGAUAUUGUGAAAAAGCUGACAGAAUUGGAGGAAAAAGAAAGCGUACAGCAACCCGCGGAAGAAGAGAAUAAGGAGGAAGGGAAUGAAGAGGAGAAUGGUGAAGGAAAGGAGAUGGCAGAGCGCAUAAAGGACGAGGAGGAAAUAGAUGAGAUGGACGAUGGGACUGAUUACGCAAAUGAAUACUUCGAGAAUGGCGACAAUUACUAUAGCGAAGACGAUAACGAUGAUGAUCAAUUUUUUGACACAUAAAAGUUUGCAUUAUGUCAGAAAAUUAUUUUAUAUUUUCAUCUCAGAAAUGUCAAUCUGUUUUCGGGACUCUUAAUACUGACAAGCUACCUCGAAUUCGAUUUUACUGUAUCAUGUAAAAUCUUUAUUAUUUGUAAUCAAACUGUUGCUUGGUAAUUUUGUAUAGUAUGAUUGGUUGGAGAAAAGCAGAUUAAUGCGCAAACUCGGCAAAAAUUGUGUGACUUAUUAAAUAUAAUACAUAUUGAAUAAGUAUAAUAUUGGUUAUUGUUUUUAUUUCUUGUUUCUCCUAUUUGCGCGUUGGAACAGAUUCUCCAUCGCAUAGGUUUCGAAUGUCAAAUAUAAUGAUGAGACGCUAACACGUUUAUUGGAUUUGGCUUUUCUUCACUAUCUUUUCAUUAUUGAUGAGGAAGGGAAGGACUCGUCCUAGCAUACGGAUAUAAUUCGAAGUAAGAGGCACGCAGCAUGACGAUUAAAAUAGUCUGGAAAUCACAGGAAGCGUCGGCGUGUUUUAUUAUGAGUAUCUCACAAUUUCUAAUAUAUAAUAUAUUUAUACAUGUAAUAUAUAGCCAUAAUCUGAUGCAGUUGUAAUAAAUGACCCUUUUUUAUGACGCAAAUGGUUAGUAUAAACGCAAUAUUUCUUGGGAUGAAUAAGUGAGGAGAUCGAAGAGAGAGGAGAAGGGAGCUAGCAAAAGGAUGAAGGAAUGAAUGAAUCGUUGUUCGCGAAUUAUGCGCUUCAAAGAUACGUGCGUUAUAAGGAUGAAAUAAAAGUUAAAUUACGGAGAGAAAAACUUUCCUGAGCUUCCAGUCGCUGGACCAUUCGUUGUCCUUCAAAAUCGAGUCCAUGAUCAGAGAAUCUCGUCUUUGGAUUAUUGAAAGGCCCAAAUCCUUUUUGCGAUACACAAUUUUGACAGGGAACGAAAAGUUUCUCUUUCGCUAUACGCGAUAAAAUGAUUGCACAUAAGUUUAGAGCAUUAUGAUUUGGCAGGCAUUGAUAAAUCGGAUGAGCAAUUUUCUUCGUUGCAAUUUUUCUUAUCGAAAUUUCGGAACUCUGUUCGACUGACAAUGAGCCAAGUUGUACUAAGUUGCAAAGUCUAACAAAAUGCCUGAAUAUUAUCACAAACGAUUCAAAUUUUAUCUACCUUUACCUACAAUGAAACCGUAUAUCUUGCAUGUGGAAAAUUUAUGCGUGCAAAAAAUAAAUACUAUAUUUGUUAAUAUUCGUUAGUUAAUUAAUAAUUCAACUAUAGAAAAUACAAAUGUUUAAAAAUAUCUGGAAUUAUAAUAAAUUGUAUUGUAAUAUGAAAAUUUAUGAUACAUUUUAUGUGCUCAAUAUUCUCCUCUCUCUCUAACAAUAGUAUAAUAACACAAACUUCUAUGUCAUAAAAAGUGGAGCGUCUGCGACAAUCAGCUGAUGGCAACAGGUAUCCCACAUUAUAAGCGUCUGACGUUGAGAUCGUUGAGUCGCGCCGCCCUGCUUGCUUGAACCCGAUCCGUGAUAAGCGGAUUAUUUUUUUUUAUAAUUCAAAAACUAAGCUUUGAGUAAAGUUUUGGAAAAGGAAAAGUCACCUCAGAAUUAAGUGAGAAAUACAAUAUUUCAAGGACAAAGAUUUGUUCUAAAUCACCUUGUAUUGAUUAUAGGCAGAGCAGAAAAUCAGUUACCUUGGUGAUCAUGCACUCAGCGUACAAUGCCUGAAAGACGUUGUAAAUACCCCGACAAUUAAUUAUGUAACUGAGUAUUGAGAUUAUGUAGUUGAUUAUGUAUUUGAAAUAUAUUUACAUUUGAAUUCUUCAGA